AACUACAAGAGAAAAAAACAUCACCUUCCCAUGCCUCGGGGACUUUAAGAACAGACCAUCACGCGAAUCGGGAGCAAUCGCCCUCUCUGUCUGAUUUCUUGGCCAGAGAUAUUGGCGUCGCAGACAUUAUUGCUGUCGCUUCCGUUUGUCUAUUUUAGCGAAGCAACCACCCAAUAACACCGCUGGUUUCUCUUUAAAAAUCGUUUCUUGUUUCCCCAUUCCUCAGAGUAUUCAACAACUUCUCGAGGGAAAAAGAUGGCCAAUCCCAAAUGGGGUUUCCUCCUCCUCGUUCGGGUCUUCGUCUUUGUCAUCAAUCUCCAGUUGGGUGUCUCGGAGGAAGACCCGCUCGUCCAGCAGCAGCUGGACAGGGUUCUCGAGCUCCCGGGGCAGAGCUUCAACAUCAGCUUCGCCCACUACUCGGGCUAUGUGUCGGUCAAUCAAGAAUCGGGGAGGGCCUUGUUCUAUUGGUUCACUGAGGCCGCUGAGGACCCUGAUUCUAAGCCCCUUGUGCUUUGGCUGAAUGGAGGGCCAGGGUGCUCGUCAAUCGCUUAUGGGGAGGCGGAGGAAAUAGGCCCUUUCCAUAUCCGGCCGGAUUUGAGCCUCUAUCUCAAUCCUUACUCUUGGAAUCAAGUUGCCAACUUGUUGUUUCUUGAUUCACCUGUUGGUGUUGGUUUUUCCUACUCCAAUACGUCCUCGGAUUUGCUGAACAAUGGAGACAAAAGAACUGCUGAGGAUUCACUGGCGUUUCUACUCAAGUGGUUUGAGCGCUUUCCCCAGUUGAAAGGGAGGGAAUUCUAUAUCACAGGAGAGAGCUAUGCAGGUCACUAUGUUCCUCAAUUGAGCAAAGCCAUUGUAAAGUACAACAAAGCAUCCGGUGAAAAUGUAAUCAAUCUGAAGGGCUAUAUGGUCGGAAAUGCUCUAACUGAUGAUUACCAUGAUCAUCUUGGGGUCUUCCAAUUUAUGUGGUCAGCUGGUUUGAUUUCUGAUCAGACAUUCAAGCUGCUGAAUGUUCUCUGUGAUUUUCAGUCUUUUAUACACACCUCAAGUGCUUGUGAUAAAGUUCUAGACAUAGCUAGUGACGAACUCGGAGAUAUCGAUCCAUACAGUAUAUACACUCCUCUUUGCCCUGUUAAUGGUAGCCAGUCAAACCGCCUUCGCAAAAGAAUGAAAGUCAUUGGCCAUGUCAAUGAGAAAUAUGAUCCUUGCACAGAGGAGCACUCAGUUAAAUACUUCAACCAUGCUGAGGUUCAGAAGGCACUUCAUGUUGACAAGGAAUUUACGCCAGCUAAAUGGGACACUUGCAGUGACUUAGUAAAUGAGAAUUGGAAGGAUUCUCCUCGUACGGUGCUGGACAUCUACCGUGAGCUUAUGCACGAAGGACUUCGUAUCUGGAUGUUCAGUGGUGAUACGGAUGCUGUCAUCCCCAUCACAUCCACGCGGUACACGGUAGAUUCUUUAAAGCUUCCAACUGUGGAGCCUUUUCGCGCUUGGUAUGAUGAUGGGAAGGUGGGUGGAUGGACUCAGGAGUAUGCGGGACUCACCUUUGUAUCUGUGAGAGGAGCAGGUCAUGAAGUGCCUCUUCAUAAACCGAAGCUAGCUCUUGCACUCAUCAAAGCCUUCUUAGCAGGAACUUCGAUGCCGUCACUCGAACUAGUUAGCGAUUCUUGAAAGUUCUUGUACUCACAAGUGCACUUUUCCAGAGGGAAGUUCUCUAUGGGGUUGUAAGUCAUUUAAUUUCUGCGCACAUAUUCGUGAUGGAGAAAAGCGUUCAUGUGGGACUUGAAACAAGACCCGAACUGUAAAUGAAAAAGAAUUUCAGAUUGCCCA